AUGGCAGAGAAUAUUGCUUUUAGGGGCAAAUCCACAGAUGAUCCGAACAAACACAUCACCAAGUUCAUUCAGAUCUGCAACACUACGAAGUUGAAUGGAGUGACAGAUGAUCAGAUUCGACUUAGGCUGUUUCCCUUUUCCUUAGAGGAUUCAGCAAAGGAUUGGUUGGAGAGCUUGGAGUCGGGCUCAAUCAGAACAUGGGAUGCUAUGGUAGAGAAGUUUUUAGAAAAGUUUUAUCCCCCCAGUGAGGCGAUUAAGAGGCAACAUGAGAUCAUUGCCUUUCAGAUGAACGCUGCGGAGAAUAUCACAGAAGCAUGGGCGAGAUUCAAAGCUUUGAUGAAACGAUGUCCCAACCAUGGGUUAACCCCGACAAUCCAAGUUAUUACUUUUUUCAAGGGAUGUGUGCCUGAGGCACAAAGGGAGUUGAACUUGAGCUCAGUCGGUAAUUUUCUGAAGAAAGGAGUGGAUGAGGCCAUGGAAGUAAUAGAGGAGCUCGCAUCUAAUGACGACGGAUGGAGCAACAACAGGAGUAAAGUACAUAGGGUGGCGUCUACCACAGAUCAUGAUCCUAUGAGCGCCCUAUCUGACAAGCUGGAUGCGCUGACUAUGAAGUUUGACUGCAUGGCAAUGGGGCAACCGACUCAAGAGCCCCAAGGAAAUAUGAAGGAUGUUAGCUAUGUGAAUCAAGGGGGCAACAACCGGUACUACAAUAACCAACGUCCCAACUUCCAGGGUGGAGAAUAUAAUCAGUUUGGGAACAGGGGGCAUCCCAAUCUCUCUUAUGGGAACCCCAAUAAUGCUCUGCAACCACCCCCGGGGUUCACGGUUACCAAUGGAGUGGUCGAUGAUCCGAAGAAGAUGACCACGGAAGACAUACUCAAGUCUUUCAUGCUACAGUCCAACAAGCUCAUGGAGCAGAAUAAUCAAAGGAUGGAGAAGGUUGAGACAGAUGUGCAAAGCAUGGCCACUCAUAUGAAGAACAUCGACACACAGAUCAGCCAGAUUUCCCAGACUGUGAGUACUAUGACUCAACCGGGAAAAUUCCCUUCGAACACCAUCAUAAAUCCCAAAGAUUGCAAAGCUGUGCAGCUGAGGAGUGGAAAAAGUUAUGAGGGACCUGCAAUGCCAUAUGAGGACAGAGUAACGGAAAAGGCACCUGAAGAGGAGGUGUUAGUCGAGGAAGUUGAGACCGAGACAGUACAAAUUACUCCCCCAUCUAAGGAGAACGUGGUUCCAACUCCACCUACACCACCAGCAGCUCACACUUCCACUGACGUGAGGAUUCCCUACCCUCAACGUGUGCAAAAGAAGAAGACAGAUGCAUAG